AUGCGCGCGCGACCUCCAAGCACCCCCGCGGCCUUUGCGCUCGCUCUUGCACUCCAGUUUGCGGCCGCCCAGCCCGUGCCUGCCAGUGUCGACGUCGCCUCGCUCUACACCGUCGUCGACGAGGAAACGGGCGAGACCCGCGAGAAGGGCCUGUCUAGCGGCAUCAUCGCCGGUGUAGUCGUAGGUGCCGUGCUCGGCUUCUCCAUCCUCUUCGGCCUCCUGUGGUGCUGGCUCGACCGGCAGGCCGCGGACCGCCGCCUGCCCGACCACCCCCCGCGCCGACUGUGGCCAUGGGCCGCGCCGCCGCCGCCGCUGAUGCACGCGGCGCCACGCACACGCUCCGCGCCGCUAGCCAGCGCGGGCCCGCGCACCUCGUCGACAUCCACGACGAACACGACCUCGACAGGCAGCCGCACGGUCAUCGGCUCCGUGUCGUCCAACAAGCCGCACUGCCCGCCGUCACCGCCACCGCGCGCGUCCCGCUCCCGCGACCCGCGCGACCGUGACGACGACGCGCGCCGCUCAGACGACAGCCUCCCGCAGUACAUCCAGGUGCACCCGCCGCCGAAGGCUGUGCUUGUCGGCCCGGACCACGGGCGGAUCGGCGAGUGGUGCGCCAAGGCCGCGGCCAGGAUUGAGGGGCAUCCCGUGACGCGCAUCAAGAGCUGGGAGAAGGGCGACCCCGAGAAGCGGCUUCCCGACCCGUUCACGGCGUAG